GUACAACCCAAUUAUCCUUUGUUGUGUGCUUCCCGUGAAAUAACACACGUGGGUAUCGUUCUCUGAUGCAAACUUGAUAGAGAGCUUCUUUCGUUUAUCAGUUUUCUCUUUCGUUCCAAAGAUGGAAGGGCUCCAAGAAGGCUUUGUUGUAAAAGGGGGCAUAAAAUUGCCGAUUGGGUUCAGGUUUCGUCCCACAGAUCAAGAGCUUCUCCUUCACUACCUCAAGAAGAAGGCCUUUUCUCAACAGUUACCUGCUUCGGUCAUUCCAAUCUGUGAUGUCUUUCAGUCUGAGCCAUGGCUGCUUCCUGGUGAUUUGAGGGAAAAAAGGUACUUUUUUAGCAAUUGUGGAAAAGUGAACAAGAGAAGUGCAGGUUCAGGUUGUUGGAAAUGUGUUGGAAAAGAAAAUGAAAUAAGGGUUUGUGAAAACAAUGAAGUAAUUGGGAUGAAGAAAACAAUGAUGUUCUGCAAAGGUUCCCAUGAAACAAGAACUCGCUGGGUCAUGCACGAAUUGCGUCUUCUAACUUCCUACCCAUAUCAUCAGAUGGCAGUGGCAGAUUUUGCUGUGUAUGUCAUAUUUCAGAAAAGGAAGAAGAUGACAAAAGCAUCUCAGAAGAGACCCUUUUGUAGCAGCAAACUUCAGAGAGUACAUGAUGUUGAAGCUAGCAUAAUAGAUUUUGAAAUGGAAUUUGGCAACGAUAAUAUAGUGCUUCCGCCACCUUCUUCCCCAUGUUGAUGUGAAGACUGUAGUGAAACUUCUUAAGUAGACUAGGAUUUAACUUAUAGAGUAGAGCAGUGCUUGUCUCAUAUUUUAUGCAAUUGUAUGAGAUACAAUUGUGAAGCCUCUAAAGCACCAAGUACGUUUAUUUUACUUUGCAAUAAAUGAAACCACGUUUUAACUAA